AUAUGACCCUCGUAUCCCGAGGCUCUUCGUAUUACCUAUAAAGAGCAGGAGGAGAUAUAGUGUAAAUCCCCUGCCCACAGUGUCUCGUCAUGCUUGGUGCACUCAUAUCGGUAUUGUGGGGUCUCACAGCUCUUAUAUUGCUCGCCAAUCCCGCUGCAGCCUGGGCAGAUGAUGUUACCUUGUUCUAUGACAAUCCUCUCAUCUUUUAUCACGGUCGGUGGGAUGUGUCCCCAGGUACCUGGUGGGCAAGCUCUGGCUUCAAUUUGGUCGUGGACAACCUGUCUACACUGACCUUGAACUUGGGCCCACACACGACUACUCCGCUAGUUUCCCUCGGAGUAUCAGUCAAUUACGACACUGUGUAUACUUUCAACGCGUCAGCUGGGACCAAUACUAUCCCGUUAUCCUCGCUUCGCUCGGGUCCUAAUGUCGUGAGGAUCAACGUCGAGGGGUGGCAGAAUAAUCGAAUGAACCUGGAGAGCAUCGUCCUCAACCCCGGAGCCGUGGUACUCCCAUACAUUCCGUCUCCCCUAGCAUUCCAGUUCAUUGGGGACUCCCUGUCUGCUGGUCAAUACGUCCCAGAGGGUGUCGAUCAAGCUUGGCCGCUCUUGACCACCGAAUAUUUCAAGGCGGAGGGAACAGUGAACGCUCAACCCGGAGCUGCUCUGGCCGACAUACCGGCUUGGGGCAACGUCCACGGCGUAUCAUACCAAUUCUUCAGGACCGAAGAUACAGGAUACUACUCGACCACCGACCAUAAUUACACGACGCCUUGGAACUUUGCGUUUGACCAUCCCACACCAACGCACGUUGUGAUACACAUAGGAGCCAACGACGCUUCUCAGAACGUUUCACAGGCAUUGUUUGUCCAGACGUACAUGGAUUUCAUAUCUCGCCUAAGGACGAUAUAUAUUUACCAACCAAUAUUCGUCUUCACCCCGUGGGGCUGGCCCAGCGCAGAUGGGUCCAUCAGCUAUUACUACCCUGGGGCAUACCAGACGUAUCAUACCCUAACUGCGCGGAUACUCCGCGGAUACAGGCAUGCGCUUGGGGACGAGAAUAUCUUCCUGGUCAAUACCACGGGAUGGGUUUCGUGGGAGGAUGUGUAUCCAACCAAUCAACAUCCCAAUGUCGAAGGUCACCAGAAGAUAGCCGGUCUUUUCGAGGCUUGGUUAGAGAACUGGGGAUUGCGCGCACUGCCAUCCUGGCCGUCCCUUCCAUAGGGUGCGGCAAGAGAGCGACCUCGGUCAUUUCGGGCUAAUAGUACAGAGUUCCAGGAUGGUACAAGGUUGUGAUGCGAUUCAACGGUUACAUUGAGCACUUCGGAAACUCCAACGGUGAUCAAGCCUUAACUUUAUGGAACAACGCCUCUGUCUCCUCCCAGCUCACUCUCGCAGACUCCACGCCAUCGAGAGGGUGUGAUUCUUCCGGGAAACAAAGCAGCUCCACCUGCUUUCCUCUUGCUUUCAGAGCGUGAUAGUAGUUCUUACCCUGGGUCGGCGCUACUCUCUGGUCCUUCUCACCCACAAGCAACAGAACCGGCGCCUUGACCGCGCCCACAUGCGAUAUCGGCGAAGCUUUGGUCAGCGUCUCGUAUAUCUUUGGCGUCAUCAAAGACGUGGGCCCGAAGUCCACGCCGAACUCGAAGAAAUACCAAUCAGGGAUGUCGCUCGUGGACAGCUCGCCUGCAGCAAUAACCGGGUUGCGGAUGGACGCCGCACUAAAC